GCUUUGAUUUGUUGCACAGGAUGGGCGACUGGGGCUUCCUGGAGAAGUUACUGGACCAGGUGCAGGAGCAUUCAACAGCCUUUGGCAAGAUCUGGUUGACAGUCCUUUUCAUCUUCCGUAUCUUAAUCCUGGGUCUAGCUGGGGAGUCUGUCUGGGGGGAUGAACAGUCCGACUUUGUGUGUAAUACCAAGCAACCUGGCUGUACCAAUGUCUGCUAUGACCAUGCCUUCCCUAUUUCCCAUAUCCGUUACUGGGUGCUGCAAUUCCUCUUUGUCAGCACCCCAACCUUGGUCUAUCUGGGGCACGUCAUCUACCUCUCCCGACAAGAGGAGAAGCUAAAAGAGCGGGAGAGUGAACUCCGGGCGCUGCAAGCCAAAGAUUACAAAGUGACAGCUAUGCUGAUGGCCGUGGAGAAGAAGAUGGCCAAGAUCUGCGUGGCUGAAGAUGGCCGAAUUAAAAUCCGUGGGCCUCUGAUGUGGACCUAUGUCAUCAGUGUGAUCUUCAAGACCAUCUUUGAAGCAGGCUUUCUCCUUGGCCAGUGGUACCUAUAUGGCUUUGUCAUGCAUGCUAAGUAUGUGUGCCAAGGUAUCCCAUGCCCACACUAUGUGGACUGUUUUAUGUCCCGUCCCACUGAGAAAACCAUCUUCAUCCUUUUCAUGCUGGUAAUGGGCUUGAUCUCCCUUGUCCUCAACAUUCUGGAGCUUCUCCAUCUCUUUUGCAAGCACCUGGUCAAAAAGGUUAAGGACAGUGACUGUUGUUCCCCAUCUUCUGCUCCCCCUCUACCUUUUGAUGCCAACAGCAUUGGUAAAAUGCCAACAGGGCCUUAUCCGCCAGAUAAAUCCUAUUUCUACCUCCCCAUGUCAGAUGGGCAUGCACCACCCUACCAGGGAUACAACAAGCUCUCCAGUGAGCAGAACUGGGCCAACUACAACACAGAAGAAACCUUGGCCUUGCAAAACCAGAUUAAUCCUCCUGAUCUCUUUGCAACGGGAGCCCCUGCAGUCCACCUCUCUCCAGAAAAGCAGUCUAGCCGUCCAAGUAGCAGUGCUUCUAAAAAACAGUACGUCUAGCAAGCAGCCAUUGGAAGGGUAGGUUCCAUGGGGACUUCCUUGCUAGCCGCCGGGUUCCUCUCGAGGGUCUCUUCAUCUGGAAGGCUCCAUUGUGAUUCCUUACCAUGGAAGAAAGAGGCAGGGCCUCAGGAUUCUUCCAAGGUGCUUCCCAAGUUUUUGCCACGGUGUUCUACUCUCUAGGUGAAAACCGGGACUUGCAGGUGGACACAGACUGAACUUGUGGAUCCACCGAAGGUGGAAAAAGAGACACGGAGCAAUCUCAGACAAGCCACUGAAGUGGCAGGUUAAUGGGCAUUUUAAGACAGAGUGCUAAAUGUUGAUUACUGGGGGGAAAACAUAAGUGGUUUUGAUUUGUCUUUUUGAGGGGGGAGGGUCUUGUGACUUGCAGAUCAGAAAACAACCACUGGACCACAAAGGGAGGAGGGUAGGUAAAAGAGCUACCAGCUUGGACUAUCCAAAACUGGGUCUCAAAUUUUGGAAGUAAAGGCAUCCUGAAAAGGAGAGCGCAGAGUAAACUCAAGGAGGAACUUCUGGUAUGUCACCUUUUUUAGGAAUGGACAUGUGAAUAGAUUGAGGAAAAUCAUCCAUCAAGCAGAUUUGCUUUCACGCUGCAGUUGUCAAACUUCUGAGCAGCUUACUUAUCAAAAACUGCAGCUCGUCUACCGUUUGCAUAUUGUUUCAAGUAGGCAUUAGGGAGAAUAACUGCUGUUGCUGAUGUUACCUUAUUAAAUAUGACUCCUAUUUAAGCCCAGAACUGAUAUGACUUAAGUCCUCUGGGUUACUUCUUAAAUGUCUUCCAUCUAACAGAGUAGAAAAGCACCGUUUUCAAUCUCACUAUAUUUGAAACUCCAAUUUCUGUCUCCACUGACCCUGGGUGAACCUUGGUUUGCAAAGGGAUCUCUCUAUUGUUGUUGUGUUUUUUUUCUCUUCAACUGGUAACAUGGAGAAAUUGGAUCAAAAUUGUUCACUGUGUAAAUUAAAUCCCCUUUCUCAGUC